ACGACGUGCAAAGCGUGAACGCGCACUGGGAAUCCGCUAUACGAUUAGUGCUCCAGUCCAGAUUACCGCCUCGUAGUGUGCAUUCGCACUGGAUAGAACUGGAGUGGAGUUUUUGUUUAUUUUUUUAAAUCCAUGUAUGGAUCACAGUUUUUUCACUUAGGAAGCGGAUCUGUUAGGAUCAUCGACGUUUCUCUUUGGAUUUGCAUUGGACUGGGAUAAUAUACAGAAGACUGAGAGUUGACUUGGCACGAGAUGUGUGAGCUGUAACACCCACAGGGUUGUUGUUUUUGUACAGGUCGAUGUAGAUCAAUGGCUGUGUGUCCGCACAGUUACAUCGUCCUUUUAUCCAGUUAACUCAAACAUUCGAUACAAGAGCGAAAAUGGCUUUCUUUAACUUUCGGAAAAUAUUCAAGCUUGGUCCCGAGAGGAAGAAAAAGCAGUAUGAACACGUCCACAGAGACGUGAACCCCGAGGAAAGCUGGGAGAUUAUCGGGGAAUUAGGAGACGGAGCUUUCGGGAAAGUGUUUAAGGCUCAGAACAAGCAUUCAGGCAUUUUGGCUGCAGCAAAAGUGAUUGACACUAAGACGGAAGAAGAACUGGAGGAUUACAUGGUGGAGAUUGACAUUCUGGCAUCUUGUAACCAUGACAACAUUGUCAAGCUUUUGGACGCUUUCUAUUAUGAGGGCAAACUCUGGAUUCUGAUCGAGUUUUGUGCUGGAGGUGCUGUGGAUGCAGUAAUGCUGGAGCUGGAGAGGCCGCUGACCGAGCCACAGAUCAGAGUGGUGUGUAAGCAGACCCUGGACGCGCUGCUCUACCUGCACGAGAACAAAGUCAUCCACCGAGACCUGAAAGCUGGAAACAUCCUGCUCACACUUGAUGGCCAAGUCAAACUUGCGGAUUUUGGGGUGUCUGCCAAAAACACUAAAACGCUCCAGAGACGGGACUCCUUCAUCGGAACCCCGUACUGGAUGGCGCCAGAGGUGGUGAUGUGUGAGACUUCGAAGGACAGGCCGUAUGACUAUAAAGCAGAUAUCUGGUCCCUCGGGGUCACCCUGAUUGAGAUGGCUCAGAUCGAGCCCCCCAAUCAUGAGAUAAACCCCAUGAGAGUGAUCCUAAAAAUCGCCAAAUCAGACCCGCCUACGCUCAUGCAGCCCUCCAAAUGGUCUCCAGAGUUCAGUGACUUUCUAAGACGUGCCCUGGAUAAGAAUCUAGAAUCCAGAUGGAGCGCAGCACAGCUCCUUCAGCACCCAUUUGUGAGCAGCGUUACUGAUAACAAACCAGUGCGAGAGCUGAUAGCGGAAGCCAAAGCUGAAGUCACAGAGGAGAUAGAAGAGUUGAAAGAGGAUGAUGAGGAGGAGGAUCAUGAGGGACAGCUGCUCCUUCGUGGACACAAGCGUGCUUCAUCUGACAUCAGUAUCGGAAGCUCUGAGGAUGAGAAGAUUUCUCUGUCACCUUCUACUUUGGAAGUAGUUCUAGAAAAACAUGAGGAAUUUGGUUUUCCCAAGAGCCCAGAUAGACAGGAUUUAAGUAAUGACCAGAUAAAUGAACCUGAAAUUUCCAAACUGGAACUAAACCACAUUCCAAAUGUACCAGAACCGUCUGCUGAUGAAUCAGUUUCCAACAUUAAACCUAAGGAACAAGAAAAUGAGAAGAACAUGGAAGAAACCAAACCAGCAGUACCUUCUACUCCAAGGAAUAUUAUAGAGCCACAAGAGGAGAUAAAAAAUACAGGAAACAUGGUGGCACCAGCAGUUAAUAAUGUGACAGGAAUCCAGAACAUGGAUUCAGCAACGAAUAAAGAUCUUGCACCUAAGAAACCUGAGAAGCAGGUUGAGGGACCUGUUGCAACACCCGAGGAGAAACCUACACUCUGUCUGAAACAAGAGGAUAAGGGUGGAGCAGAGGGCGAUAAUUCUUCUCCAGAAAAGCAAAGUGCUAUGAAGCCCAGAUAUCAAAAGAAAGGUUCUGGAAGUGGUGCAGCAGGGGAUAGCAGCAGCGUUGACCUGAACCUAUCCAUCUCCAGCUUCAUAACCAAAUCAAAAGAGGCAGAAUCGAUUUCUUUACAGGAAAGGAAGCGCCAGAAGAAGACGCAGAAAAAGACACGCAAGUUUAUCGUGGACGGUGUGGAAGUCAGUGUGACGACGUCCAAGAUUGUAACAGAUAAUGACAUCAAAAGUGAGGAAAUGAGGUUCCUCAGACGUCAAGAGCUGAGAGAGCUAAGGCUGUUGCAGAAAGAGGAGCAGAGAUCCCAGCAGCAGCUCAGCAACAAACUGCAGCAGCAGAGGGAGCAAAUCUCUAAACGCAUCGAACAGGAGACCAUGAUCAAGAAGCGUCAGUACGAUUCAGAUGUGGAGAACAUGGAGAAACAGCAAAAGCAGAUGAUCGAGCGGCUUGAACAAGAUCACACCAACCACCUCCGAGAUGAGGCCAAGAGGAUCAAAGGCGAGCAGGACAAGGAGCUGUCAAAGUUCCAGAACGUGCUGAAGAACCGCAAGAAAGAGGAGCAAGAGUUCUUGCUGAGACAGCAGCUGGAACUGGAUGGCACUCUAAAGAAGAUUAUCCAGAAACACAAGUGUGAGCUGGCCACCGUGGAAAGAGACUGUCUUAACAACAAACAGCAGCUGCUCCGAACAAGGGAGGCAGGAAUGUGGGACCUAGAAGAGCGCCAUCUACAGGAGAAACACCAACUGUUCAAGCAGCAACUCAAGGACCAGUAUUUCAUGCAGAGACACCAGCUUCUCAAAAGACAUGAGAAGGAAAUGGAACAGAUGCACAGAUAUAACCAGCGAAUGGUGGAGGAAAUGAAGACGAAACAAACCCAAGAGAGGACCAGACUUCCUAAGAUCCAGCGAAGUGAAGCUAAAACACGCAUGGCCAUGUUCAAAAAGAGUCUGCGCAUCGCCUCCCCCGGGCUCACCCCCGACCAGGAGAGGGAAAAGAUCAAACAGUUUGCAGCACAGGAGGAAAAGAGACAGAAGAACCAGAAGCUCCAACAGCAGCAGAAACAUGAGAACCAGAUGAGAGAUUUGCAGUUGCAGUGUGAUGCCAAUGUUAGAGAGCUGCAACAGUUACAGAAUGAGAAGUGUCAUCUGCUCAUCGAACACGAGACGCAGAAGUUAAAGGAGUUGGAUGAGGAGCACAGCGCCGAGCUGAAGGACUGGCGAGAGAAACUGAGUCUCAGAAAAAAGACACUAGAGGAUGAGUUUGCACGUAAGGUUCAAGAACAGGAAAUCUUCUUCAAGAUGAGCGGAGAGUCCGAGUGCCUUAACCCAUCCACUCAGAGCCGCAUCUCCAAGUUCUACCCUGUCCCUACUGUCUACUCCACCGGGUUUUAAGACUUAUCCUCCCCUCACACACACACACACACACACACAGAUAUACACCCUACACAUUUUCCUAAAUAAGCUUACAGUACAUAUAUACUGUAUGUAUUGCUCAAGUGAAACUCUUACAUGAAGUCCUUAUGUAACCAUAAACGUCAUUCUGCACUUUAGUGGCUUUUAUGCAUCGGCAUAUUGUGAAUGAACAUUUUGCUGCCUUUCUCUUUCGGCUGAACCCAUUCAGGAUCAAAUGCAGGAGUCACAUAAUAUAAAGCAGUCUACACCUGCUUUUCCUGUGGAAGGACUAAUGUAUUACAUGUGAAUGUUCUCAUUUUACACUAAUCACACAGCUUCUGUAUGUUUUUUUUAUAUUUAUAUAUAUGGCGAGAAUGGUUAACAUUGUUCAGAUUGAAAUUCUAGCUAUUUUACAAACUAUCAAACUAACAAGCUGAAAUUUACAUAAAUAAACCCUCCUGUUAUUUAUAGUAAAUUAUUAAUGAAGACUAGAAGUCAGUAGGGAAAAGAAUAAUUGCUAGAACACAUUGGAAUGUAGUGCCUACAAUGAAGGAAGCGACAUACAGUAUGGCAUGGGAUCGAUUUAAAAAAUGCAA